CGUAGUUCAGCUUCUACCGAUAAUCUAUCUAGGCUUCAAGAUGGCAUCCUCGAGAAGGUUGCUGGCGGUGGCUUUGCUGGCGAUGCUGGUCGCCGGCGCUUGGUGCGCGGCCCCGGUGACAUUCACGGUGGAGAAGGGGUCGGACACUGGGUCAGGCAAGAAGCAGCUAGCGGUGCUGGUGAGUUACGACAUGCCAGGCGACACCAUGUCGGAGCUGGAGAUCAUGCAGCACGACGCCGACGACUGGGUGGCCAUGACCAAGGGCGAGGGCGGCCUGUGGACCUUCGAGAGCGCCGAUCCGCUCGUGGGCCCCUUCAACUUCCGCUACUUCACUAAGAAAGGCUUGAAGAACGUCUACGACAACGUCAUCCCCGACAACUACACCAUCGGCACCACCUAUACACCUCAAGGGUAGCGCGUCCUUCCGUCGACGUAGGUCCGCAAAAGUAUGUUUAAUCGGUUUUCCCUGGGUUUUGGUAGUUUUUUAGAAAGAUGUCAUGUAUGAAUAAUAGAAAAAGUUGUCCACGCCACUCUUGACCGGUUGUUUAUGUAUGUAACUGUGUCGGUGCUAGGGUUAGGGAGUGUGUUGAUAUGGGCUAGUGUGUCCCUGUGUGGGUAAGCAUAUGCGUUUGUACUCUGCUUCUAAAAAAACAAUAUUUGCUUA